GAAGAAGAGCCAUAAAUGCUGGAUCUCCAGGGUUCAGAGGAAAACGAGAUCCUGAGACGUCCCUGGACAGGUGAGGAAACAUUAAACCAACCCAGAAACUCAGGUGAUGGGGUGGUGAGGGAGAGCGAGGAGCAGAAUCCUCACCAGGAAGAUGCUGAGCUUGCCGAAGUGCAUGGGGAAUUACUGCGAAGAUCCAAAGGGAGCAUGACCAGCCCCUGUGAUCAGGGAAAAGCUGAUGAAAGUUACCAUAGACAAGAGAGAGAGCAGGGAAACCAUUCAGAGGAGAGAGUGGAUGAACCCAUUAAUUGUCAGGGAACUCCCAGGGACCUCAAGGAAACUACGUCCCAGGAGAAAAUCCUCACGGAGAAGCGAGAGAAUACAUGUAGUGAGUGUGGGAAAAACUUCAAUUACCAUUCAGGCCUUAUUCGACAUGAGAUAAUCCACACAAAAGAGAGACCCUACGAAUGCUGUGAGUGUGGGAAAAGCUUCAAUCGUACCUCUGCCCUUAGUAGGCAUCAGGAAAUACACAGAGGAGAGAGACCCUAUCAAUGCUGUGAGUGUGGGAAAAGUUUCACUCAGAGAUAUACCCUUAACUCUCAUCAGAGAAUCCACACGGGAGAGCGACCCUACAAAUGCUACAAAUGCGGGCUAAGCUUCACUCAGAGAUCAUCCCUUAUCUCUCAUCAGACAAUGCACACGGGAGAGCGACCCUACGAAUGCUGCGAGUGUGGGAAAAGCUUCUCUCAGAGCUCAAACCUUACUAUACAUCAGCGGAUCCACACAGGAGAGAGACCCUAUGAAUGCCGUGAGUGCAGGAAAUGUUUCACUCACUCCUCCUCCCUUAUCUCUCACCAGAGAGUCCACACGGGAGAGAGACCCUAUGAAUGCAGUGAGUGCGGGAAAAGCUUCUCUCGGAGCUCAACCCUUAUUACACAUUACAGAAUCCACACCGGGCAGAGACCCUAUGAAUGCUGCGAGUGUGGGAAAAGCUUCGCUCAUAGUUCAGGCCUUUCUAAACAUUCGAGAAUCCGUAAAGGAGAUAAACUUCAUAAAAACCUUCUCUAGAGCUGUCAGAAGAUUUUUUUCUUUAAUUCUUUUGACAGUUCCCAGGUAGUGAGUGUUAAGGCUGUUUGCAGCUUUUGCACAUUGAGGUCCCUCAGCUCCCACACACAAGUUGCGCACUUUUGAAGCUCGUCCAUCUUUGGGGUGGAUCCUGUGGUCCUUUCUAUCAACUCCAUUGUCCUGCGAGUCAUGGGAGUGGGUGUCCUUUCUACCAGGAAUGUCAUCACCCCAGGUGGGGGAAAUGGGGAGUAUCUUCAACCAGCUACAUUGAGAUAAAAUCUACCUGGGUCUCAUCACUGUGGUUGCCAUGAAGUUAGCUAGCUUGAGUUCAUUUUCCUGAUGUAAAAAGACAGCUAUUCUUGCAGUAAAGACAUGGGCCAUGGAUAGUGGGUGGGGUUAUCUAGCACAUUUCCUCCUGAUCUGACCUAACCACCGUCACAUUUCCUUGUCUGAACAAACCUGGAGAUUCACAUUUAUACUCCUCCUCUCAGUGCAAAGUUAUUGUU